CCUUAAAUGUAGUUUCCCGUAGAGCUGGAGAAGGAGGAUGCUGGUUGCUACAGCCUUCCUAUUUAGACCUGCCGUGGGAGGAGUUGAGUGCCGCCGCUUCUCUCUAUUCUCCUUUUUCUCUCUCUCUACCUCCAUGCGCACUUCCAGAGCUGUGACAGUGGGUGUUACUCGUCUGCCCUUGGGCUUGAAAGUCACCCAAGACCCGUUUCUUUUUCAUUGCUAGCAUCAUUUGGUUUUUUCUUAUUGCUACUGAUACUGAGGGACCGUUGCUAUGGCGCACGCUGCAGCAAGCAUCAAAAAGGCCCGAGUGGAGAUGGAGCAGGCUCCCGACCUGAAAGCGUUGGAGAAAGCCCGUGAGAAAAGAAGGCGCUCGCGUGAAAGAGCCGAGCGCAGGCGUAAGUCGGACAGCAACACCAGUUUCCUCCGAGCAGCAAGAGCAGGCAAUAUUGACAAGGUUCUGGAAUAUCUGAAGGGUGGAGUAGACAUCGGCACUAGUAAUCAGAAUGGCCUGAACGCUUUACACUUGGCAGCAAAGGAAGGACAUGUGGAUCUGGUCCAGGAGCUGCUGGGGAGGGGGUCUUCAGUAGAUUCUGCUACCAAGAAAGGAAACACAGCUCUUCACAUUGCAUCACUAGCAGGACAAGGAGAUGUUGUAAAAAUCCUGUCUAAGAGAGGAGCAAACAUUAAUGCACAAUCUCAGAAUGGAUUCACUCCCCUGUACAUGGCUUCUCAAGAAAACCAUUUAGAUGUGGUGCGCUACCUUUUGGAGAAUGGUGGAAACCAGAGUAUCGCAACAGAGGAUGGCUUCACACCUCUAGCUAUAGCACUUCAGCAAGGCCAUAAUCAGGUGGUAUCCAUCCUUCUAGAGAAUGACACAAAGGGCAAAGUACGUCUGCCUGCCUUGCACAUCGCAGCCCGCAAAGACGACACCAAAUCUGCUGCCCUGCUGCUCCAAAACGACCACAAUGCCGAUGUUCAGUCAAAGAUGAUGGUCAAUAGAACAACCGAGAAUGGGAAGAGUGGAUUCACACCUCUGCAUAUUGCUGCUCACUACGGAAAUGUAAAUGUGGCUACACUUUUACUCAAUCGAGGGGCUGCUGUGGACUUCACUGCAAGGAAUGGGAUCACACCACUGCAUGUUGCGUCCAAAAGGGGAAACACUAAUAUGGUUCAUCUUCUGUUGGACAGAGGGGCUCAGAUUGAUGCCAAAACAAGGGACGGCCUCACGCCUUUGCACUGUGCUGCUAGAAGUGGACAUGACACAGCAGUGGAGCUCUUGUUGGAGAGAGGAGCCCCGAUGCUGGCCAGAACCAAGAAUGGUUUAUCACCGCUCCACAUGGCAGCGCAGGGUGACCAUGUGGAGUGUGUCAAGCACCUGCUGCAGCACAAGGCGCCCGUUGAUGAUGUCACACUGGACUACCUGACAGCCCUCCACGUCGCUGCCCACUGUGGUCACUACAGAGUAACCAAACUUCUACUGGACAAGAGAGCCAAUCCCAAUGCUCGAGCACUGAACGGUUUCACUCCUCUGCACAUCGCCUGUAAGAAAAACAGAGUAAAAGUGAUGGAGCUGCUGAUUAAAUAUGGAGCCUUCAUUCAAGCUAUCACUGAGUCUGGUCUCACACCAAUCCACGUGGCAGCCUUCAUGGGUCACCUCAACAUUGUUCUUCUACUGCUGCAGAAUGGAGCUUCUCCUGAUGUCAGCAACAUACGUGGAGAGACUGCUUUGCAUAUGGCGGCCCGUGCUGGACAAAUGGAGGUUGUGCGGUGUCUUCUAAGGAAUGGAGCCAUGGUGGAUGCAAGAGCAAGGGAGGAUCAGACUCCUCUUCACAUUGCAUCUCGUCUGGGUAAGACAGAGAUUGUCCAGCUUCUGCUUCAACACAUGGCUCAUCCAGACGCAGCAACCGCUAAUGGUUACACCCCGCUUCACAUUGCUGCACGUGAGGGACAUUUGGACGUUACUACUGUGCUAUUAGAAGCUGGAGCUGCUCACUCCUUAGCUACCAAGAAAGGGUUCACACCUUUACAUGUGGCCUCAAAGUAUGGAAGCCUGGAAGUGGCAAAGCUUCUUUUGCAGCGACGGGCACCUCCUGACUCUGCUGGGAAGCAGAACGGUCUCACUCCUCUACAUGUCGCUGCACACUAUGAUAACCAGAAGGUGGCACUCCUGCUCUUGGACAAAGGGGCAUCUCCUCAUGCCACCGCUAAGAAUGGAUACACUCCCCUUCAUAUAGCAGCAAAAAAGAAUCAAAUGGAAAUUGCCACCACACUCCUACAAUAUGGAGCUGAGACCAACAUCCAGACCAAACAGGGGGUGAUGCCGAUCCAUCUGGCGUCCCAGGAGGGACAUAGUGAAAUGGCGGCUUUGCUUCUGCAGAGAGGAGCCCAAGUCAAUGUAACCACUAAGAGUGGACUUACAUCCCUUCACCUUGCUGCCCAAGAAGAUAAAGUAGGUGUUGGUGAGAUCUUAGUGAAGCAAGGUGCCAACUUAGACCAACAAACCAAAUUGGGAUACACACCUCUUAUUGUGGCCUGUCACUAUGGAAAUGCUAAGAUGGUUAAUUUUCUGUUGAAGAGUGGGGCAAGUGUCAACGAUAAAACAAAGAAUGGUUAUACACCUUUGCACCAGGCUGCACAACAAGGCAACACACACAUCAUUAAUGUCUUACUCCAGUAUGGGGCCAAACCCAAUGCCAUCACUGUGAAUGGAAACACUGCUCUUGCCAUUGCACGUCGCCUUGGAUACAUUUCUGUGGUAGACACACUAAGAGUGGUCACAGAAGAAAUUGUCACAACAACAACAACAGUGACAGAGAAACACAAACUAAAUGUGCCAGAAACCAUGACAGAAGUCCUUGAUGUGUCUGAUGAAGAGGUUCGGAGGCUGGUAGAUGAUGGUGCGAUGUCAGAUGACUCUAUUGAUUUUGAAGGUGAUGACACUAUGACAGGUGAUGGUGGUGAAUAUUUGAGAGCAGAGGAUUUGAGAGAAUUAGGAGAUGAUUCACUACCUGGCCAGUACCUGGAUGGCAUGAACUACCUGCGGUUCAGUUUAGAAGGAGGCAGAUCAGACAGUCGCCUACAGAGUUUGGACAGAUCCUACACUCCCACCCACCAGAGUUACUACUCAAAACAUUAUGGAAUUAUGGAGGAUGUGAUUUAUAGUAACCAGGUGUCUUCUCUUGGAAGAGAAAAUGAAAAGGACUCAUGGGAAACUGAAAACUUGGACAACAUAGCACUUUCCUCAAGUCCUGCUCAUUCUGGCCAUUGUUCUCCAUGUCAUGAUCAUGACAAUAGCAGUUUCUUAGUCAGCUUCAUGGUGGAUGCUCGAGGAGGUGCCAUGCGAGGAUGCCGCCACAAUGGUCUGCGGCUGAUCAUUCCACCACGGAAGUGCAGCGCCCCUACUAGAGUCACCUGUAGACUGGUCAAAAGGCACCGACUGGCAACAAUGCCUCCAAUGGUAGAAGGUGACGGUCUAGCCAGCAGGCUGAUUGAGGUCGGACCUUCUGGAGCUCAGUUCCUCGGUAAGCUCCACCUCCCAACUGCCCCGCCCCCUCUGAAUGAGGGCGAGAGUUUGGUUAGCCGCAUUCUGCAGCUGGGCCCACCAGGGACAAAAUUUUUGGGGCCGGUGAUUGUGGAGAUCCCGCACUUUGCAGCUCUGAGAGGAAAAGAGAGGGAGCUGGUGAUCUUACGUAGUGAAACCGGAGAGAGCUGGAAAGAGCAUCACUGCGAGUACACAGAAGAAGAGCUCAACCAGGUCCUCAACGGCAUGGAUGAGAGGCUGGACCCACCAGAAGAGCUGGAGAAAAAGCGCAUCUGCAGAAUUAUUACUCGAGACUUUCCACAGUAUUUUGCUGUGGUGUCACGAAUUAAGCAGGACAGUAAUCUCAUCGGUCCAGAAGGUGGGGUUCUGAGCAGCACGGUGGUUCCUGAAGUACAGGCUGUAUUCCCAGAGGGAGCUCUCACGAAACGCAUCCGUGUUGGCCUGCAGACGCAGCCUAUGAGUGUUGAUGUGGUGAGGAAUAUGCUGGGUAAUAAAGCCACAUUCAGCCCUAUAGUUACCCUGGAACCCCGGAGAAGGAAAUUUCAUAAACCCAUAACCAUGACCAUCCCUGUCCCGAAGAGUUCUGCUGACCCGGCCCUUGGGAGCUUUGGAGGUGGAGAGACUCCUACAUUACGUUUGCUAUGCAGCAUCACAGGUGGAACCACUCCUGCUCAAUGGGAGGACAUUACUGGGACGACACCUUUAACAUUCACCAAUGACUGUGUGUCUUUCACCACAAAUGUGUCUGCCAGAUUCUGGCUGAUAGACUGCAGGCAGGUGCAGGAAUCUGUGAAUUUCGCCACCCUGAUGUAUCGUGAGAUCAUCUGUGUACCUUACAUGGCCAAAUUUGUCAUUUUUGCCAAAACCCAUGACCCGAUAGAGGCUCGGUUGCGCUGCUUCUGUAUGACUGAUGACAAAAUGGAUAAAACUUUGGAGCAGCAAGAGAACUUUUCAGAAGUGGCACGUAGCCGAGAUGUGGAGGUAUUAGAAGGAAAACCCAUAUAUGUAGACUGUUUUGGAAACCUGGUUCCUCUAACAAAAAGUGGUCAGCAUCAUGUCUUCAGCUUCUAUGCCUUUAAAGAAAACCGACUGGCGCUUUUCAUCAAAAUACGAGACAACACUCAAGAGCCUUGUGGACGCUUGUCCUUCACAAAAGAGCCGAGAUCUUUUAGGACUUUGAGUCAUGGUGCAGUAUGCAAUCUAAACAUUUCCCUGCCAGCUUACUCUAAGGAAUCAGAUUCAGAUCAAGAACCUGAUGAGGAGACAAGCCGAACACUUGGGAAAUAUGACGACGACACUGAAACAACUGAAACAUCAAUCCUGAAAACGCACUUGAUCCGAGACUCUCCUGCCCUUGCAAGUCCAGAUUUACUCUCUGAUGUGUCAGAGAUGAAGCAAGACCUUAUCAAAAUGACUGCUAUUUUGACCACUGAUUCCUCAGAGAAAGCGGGGCCAAUGCAAGGGGAUUAUUUAGGAAAGGGGGUGGAGGAGGUGUCAGCAGAGCCUUUUGAGAUAAUGGAAAAAGUCAAAGAAGAUUUGGAAAAAGUUAGUGAAAUUUUAAGAAGUGGAACAUGUGAGAAGGAAGAGUCUGCAAAAACAGAGCAUCGUCGAUACAGAAAGGAUGAGGAGUGGGUUCUUUUAACAGAAAGUGAAAUCGAAGAAGCCAAAAUGAUGGCUGCCUUUGAAUCUCAAGAAGCACUUCUAAAGGAAGUUAGAGUCAACAGAGGAUCACAGAGGCCAAAGGGUGCUAGAGAGAGAUCUGGCAUUCCCAUUGGUGAAGUUAAAGAAUACUUAUUGGAUGCCCCUGCAUCUCAAGAGACAUCUUCACAGCAAAGGUUCACUGAGGUUGUUCUGCGCAGAGGUGGUCGAAAAAUUGUUCCUACGAUGGCAAAAGACACUAAAGCCCAUACAACGGAAAUAAAAAAGCCUGUCAGAAGGAAAGGGCCUCAAGGACACACAGAUGAAACCCAGUCCAUUAGCACAAAAGAAAAUAUCGCUAGUAAGAGUGCUGGAAAGGCAUCAGAAGAGGAUGCCUUCUUACCUGUCCCUGGAGAUCAAAAAAAGUCCCCUGUAUCCCCAGUGGUCGAGGAGACACCAAUUGGUCCUAUCAAAGAGAAAGUCAAAGCUCUUCAGAAGAAAGUAGAGGAAGAACAAAAAGGUCAUAAAAAACAGACAAGCCAAAAACCUCCAUUUAAAUCCACUGAAGCCAAAACAUCUGUUCUCAAAGACCAAAAAACAACAGGUCUAAAGAAAACUUCUUUACCCCAGAAACAGUCAUCUUCUAAGUCACCAAAAACUGAGCCUGAAAGGCUAGAAGAAACCAUGUCUGUAAGAGAACUAAUGAGAGCAUUUCAAACUGGCCAAGACCCCUCAAAAAGAAAGUCUGGCCUCUUUGAACACAAAGGACCUUCCAAAACAGAACACACAACAAUGAUUAAAUCAGAAGCUAAGACUACAAAUUCCCAAUGUCUUCCCCACUCAUCCUCACGUGAAGUAUCUCUUGAUGUUUCAAGGCCUGUCGAACACCAUGAAGAAAAAGAAGUUUUUGAUAAAGAUGCAAAAGAAAAUCAAAAGAGUCAUGUAUGUAAACAAGAAAGGAGUGGGGAGGGUUUGGUUUUUGGAGUAGAAUCAGCGGGUCAACAAUCAAGCAUGACAACAGCUAUUGCUCAAAAUGUGUCCAAACAUGCCAGUGAUCUUUUACCUGAUAAUGGUACAGAGAAUGGUACAUUUAAUGACAGCUCUGACAGCAUUAAACUUGAAGCGUUGGUCGACUCACCAAGUGCCAGUCUUGCUGAAGUGGAGGCUCCAUUGAGCUCUGAAGAAAGUUGUAAACAUGAAGGCAUGGCUGAAACUCCAGAAACAAGCCCUGAGAGCCUCUCGUUAUCACCUCAGCAAAAAGCAUCUCAGUCUAUACUUGCAAAAGCCUCAAAUUCCACAGCAGACACACAUAAAGCCAAAACAAGUAAAGUAUCUGUUUCAUUUUCUGCUGAGAUGAAGACAAAAAUUGAACAGGCAUCUGAGGCUACAGUUCAUCAUCCAGCACUGAGCAAAGCAGUGGAUGAACCAACAAAAAGUGAGUCUAUGUGUAUUCCUCAUAGGAAAAAAGGGGUGAACUUUGGGGGUGAACAAACAUUUGUUGAUAAGGACAUUGUUUCUAUUUCAACCAAGUCAUCCAAAUCUCGAAAAUUGACCAAAAGACCCUCUGAAACACUAGAGAGUUUUUUGAGUGAUGAUGAAUCAUGUGAUGGUCAACCAACACCAACCUUUGCUGACAGUCUGACCUUAAGGGCAGCUACACAGGAUCAUGGUGGUUUAGUGCUGCCUCUUAGACACCAAGAUUCAGAGACCCUUAGUCCAGUAGCUGAUGACUCUUUUAAUAUUAGCCACAAGGACUCUUUAGAGGGUAGUCCCUUGAUGGAGGACAACUCUUCCCAUAAAACCCCAGACUCUAUUGAACCUAGUCCAACAAAAGAAUCCCCAUGCUGUGACUCUUUAGAAAACAGUCCUAUAGAGAUGAAAAGCAACCUGGCCUUUCCACCUACUGUAGAACAACCCAGUGUGACCACAGGGCCCCUGACAUCCUCCAAAGCCCCUCAAAUCCCCCCAGACAGUUUGCGUAAUAGAAUGCUCAAAGAACAGGAGGCUAAUGUCGACGAUGACAGUUGUGAGCAGGCAUCCCUGAUGACAAGUUCUGGUAAGAGUCCUCUCUCACCUGACACACCAAGUUCUGAAGAGGUAAGUUAUGAGGUCAAUCCCCAACCCCCCGACCCCAUGGUCCUGAUUGUUCCCUUUAAGGCAUCAGUAAUUCCAGAGGAGACAGUAGAAGAUGAUGAGUUGAAGUGUGACCUGACACAGAGAAAAUUUACUCCAGAGGAAGAAAUGUUUAAAAUGGCUGCCAAAAUAAAAACAUUUGAUGAAAUGGAACAAGAUGCAAAAGACAAAAGGGACAGUAGAAAAGAUAGUGAAGCCUCUCAGACCUUGGUAGUGUCUGAUAUAGGGCAGGAGAUCAUCACAUUGUUUGGUCUUGUGUCCAAACAUGAAACAUCCUCUGUGGAUGAUGUUGGGUUUAUUGAAUCCAAACAAGCCUCAGAGAUAGCACGGUCUGUUGAACCGAUCAUUAAAGUACAACCUCCCUCUCCUUUUCCAGCAGGUAUACAUAAGAGCCCCCAAACAGCUGAGGACAUUCAACAAACCAUGGCCCACAGUGCAGCAUCUUCAGAUGAAUCAGCAAUGAGGAGACCUCAGUCUGUCACAGAAAAGCAUACCAUAAAACCACAUCCUCAAGAAUCUCAUAGUGAGAAAUUUAACCAGGAAUGUGUUAAGUCAGAGUUAGCAGAGCUUAACAAAACUGCCUCAAGCAGGAGUAAUUUGGCUGCAAAUAUAACUGAUGAACAAAAAGAGCAAAGCUUAGCAAAACAAAAAAUAAAUGAAAGUGAAGAAAUUUAUAGUCAUGAAAUGCAAAAUCAGGCAGCUAACUUUCAGAAUGUUGAUAAAUUGGCAAGUCAGGAAGAGCGUAAUGUAACAGAUGAAAUUAAAGGUGAUUAUAUGAGACAUGCAGGGACAUCAUAUGAUGAUAGUUGUAGCAGCAGCCUAAAUAUUGAUUCUAUGCCAGUUAUUAUUGGACAAAACAAAGAAACUUUUAAACCAGAAAUAUGUAUUUAUGAUGACACAGAGGAAGAUGAUGGUGAGGAAGAACCUCCUAAGACUGAAUCUAGAGGAGUAACAGCAAAAGCAGAAACAGAUUCCUGGAAUUCAAUGCGUGAAGAUGAUGAAGCAUUUGCAGCAAGAGUCAAAGAGGAAGAGCAAAAGAUCUUGGGUCUUGUCGUAGAUCGGCAUUCCCAAGGGGCGACCCCAGACACAACACCAGCAAGGACACCUACUGAGGAUGGUACACCAACAAGUGAACAAAACCCUUUCCUUUUUCAAGAGGGAAAACUUUUUGAGAUGACAAGAAGUGGUGCAAUAGACAUGACAAAGAGGAGUUACGAGGAGGAAGGGUUUGCAUUUUAUCAAAUAGAGCACCCCAUUAUGGAAGGUGUAGCUGAAGAAGGAGGAAAUGAAUCGGGUGGAGCAUCUGGUGAUGCUGAGAAGGAGGUUGGUUGUAACCUCUCUUUGCAAAUAAAAGCAGAGGAGGAGGAAGACCAACCUAAAGUGGCUGCAGAUUUAUCUGUACGUUCCGCUACAGCGAAACAGUCAGAUCUCUCAAAGCCUAAAACCCCCAUCAAAACAGACUCAGAAAAAGGUCAAGGAGUGUCUGAAAAAGUAGAGAUUAAAUCAGACAAAGUUAUUAGUGAGGGUCAUUUAAUAUCUGAUUCUGGUUCCUCUGACACUGUCAUAGCCAGUAUUCAGACAGCAGUGUCAACAGUUACUAGAUCAGUUCAUUCGCAGCAGGAACAAGAGUCCUCAGAUUCUUCCCCAGAGGAUCAGCACUCAGUUAUAGAGCAACCCAAAACCCCUGAAAAGAAAGAAUCUCAUGGUAAACUUGGCUCUAAAAUUCACACUGCAGCCUCUCCAUCCACUACAUCUAAAAAAAAUAUGUCAUCCUCCAAAGAGGAGGAGAAACCAAAGUCCCGAAUCCCUGUUAAGGCAAACUCCCUCCGGUCUGAACUAUUAGAACCUGCCAAGGAUAAAAAGUCAAAGUUGCCCAUAAAACCUCAGUCGAGGAGAAAAUCUGACACAGACACAGGCCCAUUAAUACCCACUAUAACAAAGUCUUCCAAAGCAAAGAGCUUCUGUGAAAGUGAUUCCAGCAAGAAACCAGCCAAAAAGGACCAGAAUCGUCCAACAAGUACUGACCUAUCCAGUACAACUAAGACACUUCCUUCAAGACUACCUGUCAGGGGAAAGCCCGGUCAGCCAAUUCAAACAUCCACACCAGCAAAACAAAAAAAGGGCCGCCCCACUCAUACAAAUAAAGAGCCUGUUGUAUUUUUUGAAGAGAUUAGUCAAGAGGCAGCUAAGGUAGUAGAGAGUUUGGCUCAGGCAGAGAAAGACAAACAGGAGGCUGCUGUCUUAUCAGAUGAUGAAAGCAGCACCAUCGAUGUCUCUGUAAUAGAGAAUGAACCUUUCCUUGACAUGAAAAUGCCUUUCCCUGAAGAUCCCUUGGUCAUUAGGCCCAGAUGGGACAACCCUGUUGAGACGCAGAUGGAACGAAUCCCUGCUGAUAAAGUCCGAAGUCAAGUAGAUCCACAGGAUGAGGCAGACAGAAAAGAAAGUCGUCUGGCUGUGAUAGCAAACCACCUUGGUUUCAGCUGGUCAGAAUUGGCUCGAGAACUUGAAUUUAGUGAUGUACAGAUCAAUCAGAUAAGAAAUGAGAAUCCAAAUUCCUUACAAGACCAAAGCCAUGCCCUCAUAAGACUAUGGAAAGAAAGGGAGGGAAAAAAUGCUUCAGAGAACAGUUUAAUGAAGACACUCACAAAAAUAAAUCGUAUGGACAUUGUGCAUCUCAUCGAAACAAAAAUAAUCCAGUCCAGUCAAGACCACUCAUCACACACCUAUGCAGAAAUUGAGCAAACCAUAUCAUUGGAUCAUAGUGAAGGUUUUUCAGCCUUACAGGAGGACAUGGACAGCCCCAGAUCAGGUCGACGAGCAGAUGUUAGUCAAAGAAGAUCAGAACUUGUGCCUGUGGUGGCAUCUAUAGAGGAUCUCUCCCUUAAUGCAUCUUCCCUGGGUGAUUCUCAGAAAGAGCUGCCCGACAAAGUGACGAGUUCAGUGGUGGUUGGAGACUCUACACACAGUUUUGAAAUGGUUGGACUGAGGCAACAAUUUCCAGGCACUAUCAAGCAAGAAAUAGCUGAGGAGCUAGGUUUGCUGUCUGAUAGUUCAGAGGAAGAGGUGUUGACCACCAGGGUGGUGCGGCGCAGAGUUGUAAUUCAGGGUGACGACAUGCCUGAAAUUCCUCCUCAGACAGUGACAGAAGAGCAAUACACUGACGAAUAUGGAAACAUGGUGGUCAAAAAGAUAACAAGGAAAGUUAUCCGCAAGUAUGUGUCAGCAGAUGGCGUAGAGAGAGAGGAAGUGAUGUUGGAGGGCCCGCAGCAGGAAGCUGUCACUGUGGACGAAGCUGACAGUUUCUCUAAAGUGGUGAAGAGGACAGUGGUGCGGAGCGGAGGAGAUCAGACUGAGGUGACCUUCUCUGAACCUCUCUCUUAUGCUGGGGCGACAUCAUCUAAAUUUGAAGAAGAGCCUGUUCAAGGUCGGAAGGUCAGCAAGGUUGUCAAAACCAUGGUAGUGCAAGGUGAUCGAAUGGAAAAACUCAUCGGAGACCCUUCUCUCUCAUCUGAUCUCCCAUCAGCCAAAGACGACUUUGAAAAGGCUUUGAGUUAUGUAGAAGGCUUUGAGAAAGUGCUUCUGCCUCAUUUAGUUGAGAAAGAGACGGUGAAAGAGGAUGGAUCAGUGGUCAGAAGGACCCGCAUGCAUAAGACGCGCACUCAGAAGCGGACAGUAGUGAAGGAUGGAGAGGCCAAACAAACCCACCUAGAACGACUGGAGGACACGGCGGAAAGCCUGCGACCCGAUGACCUGCAGCAGCACCUGCAUCAGCUGCUCCAGCGCUACUGUACGCCAGAGCCACAUCCACCCGCAGGACAGCAGGACAAACCACAACCUCCACCUGCUGGAAGACCAGACGCUUGAUACAAUAUUCUGCAAACCUGUCUGUAGCCUUUUUUAAAACACAAGAAUUUAUCCUUCGCUCGGCAACCAGAUGCCAUUUUAUCUUCCUGAUCAUCAUUGUUAUUAUUUAUUGCUCAUUCUUUGCAAAUAAUGGAAACAUUUAAAAUGCUUCAUGGCUGAAUGUCUUUGUUUGUUUUUCUCAUUUUGUGACCAAAGAUAGUGUUCUUCUGAAUUGCUGAGUGAAUCGUAUGAAACAUUGAUGUUUUCUUUUCUUUCUUUUGUUUUUUGAGUGCGUGCGUGUCAUAUUGGUUGCCGUGUCGUAUUGUAGAAGCAGAACUAAACAUAAUACUAAAAAAUGGGUCAGUUUGGAUGCUACAUUUGUACAUAAUGGACUUUGAGAGAGAAUGUUAAAAACACAGUCAUAUACUCCUCCAUCUCCUAUAACCGCUGUACAACUGCAUCAAUGAACUGCUGUAAUAAAAAAUAAACAUGUCAGAUUAUUUGCUUAAAAUCUCACCACUGACCUGAUCAAAUAUCAACAAAAUAUCUUUGGGGCAUGUGAGUUUGUAACCGCAGUUAAUCAAGUGCAAGCGAUCAGAUAUCUGAAAUAACUGGCUAUGUAUUUAUACUGGCUAUUGAAAACAAUGAAUAAAUAUCAUGCUGUAGUCUUUCCUAAUCCCAGAAUGCUUCUGAAUGGUUUGUACUCUGAUUAAGACUUUCUCAGUUUUAAAUUGCCGAACUGCUUGUUUUUUCAUACGUUCGCUAAGAAUGCUGUCAUUACUUUGUCCAUCAUCAACCUGUUAGUUUUGCUGUUACUGUACUACAAAAUUGAUGAGACAUUAUGUACUGUACAGAGUAUGUAUGUGUGUGUGCGUGUGUUCAGAUCUCCUCUGUGACAAUGCAACGAUGUCUGUGUUUAUUGGAAAGUCAUUUCAAUGAAUGUUUUUUUUGUUUGUUUGUUUUAAAUGAAUGUUUUUAAGUCAAUCCCAUUUUCUGUAUUUUUUUAAGUAUGGCUGAAUUGAAUUCACAAAUAAUUGAAUCCCCCUUCAAAGCUGUGCUCGUGGGCUUGACUUGUAUCAUUUCCCUUUUUGUGAUGCUCCUCUAGGCGCUAACAGUAGAACAGAGGGCCAGUCAAUAAAGAAUGGCAGUUUUUUUU